GCCCAAUGAAAAUAAAAAACAUGCUGUCAUUGUUCACCUUCCCUAUCUCUUCCUUUCCCUCCUUUUCUUCAACUAGGCCUUUCAAGGUACCAACUUUUAUUCCCCAACACAUGCAAUAACAACAGGUAUCUUUGUAUUUUGUGUUGUUGAUGUGGACGAAGUUUACCGACAUCGUACGAGUUGAAAUGGACAUACGGUUCGACUCAUGACCAUAUCACGGUUGACUCACGAUUUUUACCAAGCAGAGGGAAAACAAUGGUAAACCUUGAUGUCUCGUGGAAACCGGUUGAAUAGGCUUUUAUACCGAUAGAUCAUUGGCAUUUCUGAAUAUUUCUUAUCGAUAUUCUAUGGCUGGAUCACGAUCGUGGAUAGGAGGGGUUCUUAAUCGGUUAAGCAAUAAGCGUAGCGACAAGUUUCUCGACUACCCUUUGACACCUAUUCAGGAACAAAGACUUCAAAAGCUUCAAAAACGAAUACAAAUACCUUUUGAUGAGACUCGUCCUGAUCAUCAGGAAGCUCUCAGAGAAUUGUGGCACAUUGCAUUUCCUAAUGUUGCUCUAAAAGGAUUGGUCUCGGAACAGUGGAAAGAAAUGGGAUGGCAAGGCCCUAAUCCGUCCACUGAUUUUCGGGCUUGUGGUUUCAUCUCACUGGAAAACUUGCUGUUUUACGGCCGAACAUAUCCGGCAUCUUUUCGUAGGGUUUUACUUAAACAAGACGGAACUCGAGCAACUUGGGAAUACCCUUUCGCCGUUGCCGGCAUCAAUAUAUCUUUUAUGUUGAUUCAGAUGUUGGAUUUAUAUUCAGAAAAACCAAGUAAUCUCCCCGGAUUCAAUUUCGUGAAACUAUUAGGAGAAGACGAAGAAGCCUUCGAUGUACUAUAUUGUACAGCUUUUGAAAUGGUCGAUGCGCAGUGGCUCGAGAUGCGAGCUUCCUACAUGGAAUUCAAUAAGGUUUUACAAGCAACGAGCUCGCAGCUGGAGAGAGAACUGUGUUCGGAUAAUGUUCACAGAAUACAGGAUUUGUCGGCAUACAGCUUGUUAUACCAGUAG